AUGGAGGCCCUCUUUAAGUCUCUUGAAUCUAUGGAAAAAGAAGGAUAUGGAUUUGCACUGCUACUGGAGGAUUCCAGUGCAACGUCGAGAUUUUAUUCUUCUAGAGCAAUGGAUGAAGGCUUGCAAUUGAUGCUUUUAGAAAAAUCGUGUUCAUCUAAUAGACAAGAGCAGCGUCCGGGUGCUGCAAAACACGAAAAGAACGAACCAAAGACAACCUACGUCUUAGAUCUGGGCAACGGUCAAGAGGUGGAACAGUAUUUUAAAAAUGUGUUUUCCAUGCUACGGCAGUUGCAAUGCAAAGCCAUUGCUAAAGCUUGGAUCAAGGUAGUGGAGCCAAAGAAAAAAUCCAGGUUUCCUUACAUGAAUGGCGACCUCUCCAAGCCAUAUUGGUGGCCUUCAGACGUGGAGCAUCGAGAACCUGACCAUUUAAGGAAACCACAGAGAAUCAGGCUCAUGGCUGCCAUUUUGAGCCAGUUGGUCCCGCAACGUAAUGAUUUUAAGCUACUUCACACGCUUAAGAAGUCAACUAUGUCAAUGCAGUUUGCCAAGAACUCUCACCAUCAAAAUGCACUAGAUGAUGCGUAUAAGGUUUGCGCUGCGUUGUGCCUUGGUCAAUCAACAGCAACCGCGUUGGACCUGAGAGGUAUGUCUACAAAGAUGCCUAGUAAGCAACCCGUGCCAAAAAAUCAUGUCAAAAUGGAUCCGGCGCUGGAACAAUUCACACUAGCCGGUUUGAGUCCUGAAAGCCUUACCAAUGACAGUAGGCCGGGUAGUAAGACCUUUCCGUAUUUUUGCGAGCAUCCCAAAGACACACUAGCCAGCGCUAUUACCCAAUUCUCUAACAUUCAUACCGAGUUGUCACUCAAUAAUAGCCUAUUCGGCGAGCUUGGAGUUAGUUCAUCGAACUGCGAUGCAGAACUCACGUUCAGUAGCGAAACGGUAUCGCCACGGUAUUUCCAAAACAUUAACUAA